AAACUUUAAUCACUAAACUCCACUCUGAGGAGGUUAAAAGGAAAUCUAACAAAAAGGAAUGGAUCUGAAAGCACUGCAGUCUGCACUUAGAACAGUCCUGGGAAACGGACUGAAGGAGGAGGCCGUGGAAAUGGUCAAGGAACUGCUCUCACAGUAUGAAAGUCGCCCCGAGGACUGGAAGGACAAGGUGAAAUGGAGCGAUGUCAAGUAUACAAGGACACUGCUGGAUAAAGGUAAUGGGUUCUAUAACCUGAUGAUUUUGAGCUGGAAUACGGGUCAGGAAAGCCCGAUACACGACCACCCUAACUCGCACUGCUUUAUGAAGACUUUACAAGGCGAAGUGCACGAGGAACUGUACAAAAAACCGGAAGUGAAGUCAUGUCAGGAUUGUUGUGGAUGUAGAAUGGAGAAAAUAGAUGACCGAACACAUAAACUCAAUGACGUGGCACAUAUUACAGAUGAAGACGGUUUCCAUCGAGUCGGAAACAAAAGUCACGUGGACGGAGCAGUCACCUUACAUUUAUAUUCUCCGCCAUUUUCCACGUGCAGGAAGUUUGAUGACGACACAAGUAAACCGACAGAGGUUCCAAUGGGAUUUGAUCAAGAUUUCAGUGAGGAGUGCUGUACCCGCUCGUGUCGCUAACUGUGUGACGUGUCGUUAACUGUGUGACGUGUCAGAAUAUCUGAUCUGUACAUCCUAUAGGGAUAUAUACUCACAAUCUUCAUACCGGUGACAUGUUAUCACGUGAUCAUGAUAUUUGUUCUGAUGUUUGAUAAAUAUCACCAUGUAGUAUGUGAAUCAUACAGCCCUCAUGCGCAUUGAAUAUAUGUCAAUUGUAUGGCAUUACGUUAUUCCUACAGUAAGAUUUUCUUCUCUCAUUAUAUUUAUCAAAAUAGUGAUUUGGAAAGGACUAUUUGCAUACAAAUGAUAAUUGGAUACAAUUCCCAUAUCUAGUUUUCAUUUCUAGUCACACAUAAUUACAUACCUUAUUGUCUAAGUGCCUCUCUCUUUAUAAAAUUUAUUUAAAGCUUUCAAAAGCACGAGUUGUUUUGCUAUAAAUAUAUCACUACAUAUGUUUUUGCGUUUAUUGUACACACCAUGGCAAUUGUUGAAGCAUGUGUGAUACUAUAUAUUUCAUGACUUGUAAUAUUUUUUGUUAGAAGCAAGAAAUAAUGACGUUGACUAUAA